UUUCCAAUAUGCAAAUUAGACACUAAACGUCAUUUCCUGGUUAUCUCAAGCGCCAUUUUUCCUUUCAAGAGAAGGGUGAUGCAGCACAAUAAAAAAAAUAGGUGCACGUAAAGAUAAAAAAUUUUCCGGUAUCUACCGCUGCCGGCGAGUGCGUGCUGCUGCGGAGGACCGCGAGCGGGUUCACCAUCGAGUCCAAAGUGCGGCCGCUUGCACCCGUGCUGCGCUGACAUCGGCGGGAAAGGCAGGAGGAGGAGGCGCGCGCGCAUUGGCGAAGGCGGGCGGGCGGACGGACGGACAGACAGACGGGCGGGCGGCGAGCGCGAGCGAGUAAGCGCUCCCUCCACAUCCGAGUCGCACAAGUCUGUGCACCCAUUAGAGGAUGAGCCCCAGGGAGAAGCGCAGUGGCAGUGAGUCUGCAGAUGUUGAGCCCCAGGAAGCAGCCCAGUGUCUCCUACAACAUGACCUUCUCAGCAAGUCAGCCUGGGUCAUCCUUACAUCCUAACAGCUUUGUGUCCAAAAGCCCAGGGUCUGAGCACAUCAGUGGACUCAGUUGAGGAUGAUGUGUACAGGGAACAGAUCAUGUAUCAGGUUCCUGUUGGAAACUUGGAUAAAAUCAGAAAAUCAAGGAAAAAAGUCAAAAAUAUUUUGUGUGAUAUUGGACUUGAAAAUUGCAAAGGGCUGCUAGAGGAGCUUAAAAGUUUUGACACUGGUGAUAAAUCUUUCCAUAACACAGACUGGACUGAUUUCACAGAGGGCCACAAUGGCAAACGACGAAAAAAGUGGCGGUACCGCACACAGAUGUUGUGCUGUAGCCUGUGCAAGUUCUCGGCACGGACUUGGCACUCAUACAGGAACCACAUUCAGCGAUUCCAUGAAGAGGAGCAGGACCUGGGCUCACUGUCCGCUUGCUCUUUCUGCCCAUUUAUUAGCCACCCAAAAAUUCUUGGCAAGCACUUCAGGAUCUUCCACAGUGGCCCAGCGAAGACUACAGUAUUCACAGGCCCAUCAGCCACUGCACCACUGCCCUCAGCUACUAGCACUGCAGAGAGCUACUCCUGUCGAAAAUGCGCUUACCAGGACUCAAUGAUGUAUUGUAUGAAGAAACAUAUCUUGGUGAAUCACUAUUUCAAUCUGCUGAACCGUUAUUUUGGACAGAGGACAGAGAGUGAACAGUGGGCUAAUGGUCCAAACUCUUCUAGGUUUUACUGCAAAGUCUGUUGCCUUUCUGCUGAGAACUCGGAGCAUCUCCUCUACCACCUCCUAUCAUCUGAGAAGCACAAAGAGUUAGAAGUGCAUAUCAAGGCCCUCAUAUACAAACACAAGGGGGCAAAGAAGUACCUCCCAAAUUUAGCACCCAAGGCCUCGCAACAGCCCAUUUACAGCACUCCUGUGGUUCCAGGUUCCAGAGAUCAUCAGCCAGCAAAGACUCAUGUGGGCCCAUUGCCUGGAGGCACGCUCACUGGGACAAUACUGCAUGGAGCCCCACACAACACAACCACUCUGGUGUGUGCCCCUGGCACAAAUCCCACUUUCCUCCCUGCCCAGGCUUCAGCUCUGGUGCAAUUGGCCAGCGCGGAAGCCAAAGGCCUACUUCGGCCUGCUUCAGUGGUGGCUGCACAGCAGAACACCCAGCCGUCAAGGGCUUUUGCAGCUGCACUGCCUACCACAGUGGGCCUGGCACCUCCCUUGGCUCCAAGUUCAGUGGGUACAGCCCUUCCAAACAUUUCGCCCAGUGCCCCUACACCGCUGCCAAUCACUGUGGGUGUGCCUGCACAGCCACCGUCGAGACAGGUUCUCCUGCCACCAGGAGUUCAAGUCAAUGUCCAGGGCAAUUUGGGACUGCGAGCGGCAGGCCCACAACCCCUCCUCGUUACCCAGAGACUCCCCUUGAGCCCGCCUGCUCCCCGAGGUACCAUGCUUGCAUCACAAUCACUUCUCAGUCACCUAAUCCCUACAGGCAACAAAGUCAAUGGCUUACCCACCUAUACUUUGGCCCCUCUCCAUGUCACAAUGCCAGUCCAGUCAAGCAAUGUUCAAACAAUUACUAAGGGACCUACGCAGAUGGUUGCUGGCAGCCCUGCAGGCCUGCCCCCGCAAAGUAAACCGACUGUUGCCGAUUCCACUCUGAACUCUACUGCUGGUUCCAAAGAAGCCAAAAAGUGGAUGACAUGCCCUGUAUGUAACGAGCUCUUUCCUUCCAAUGUCUACCAGGUGCACACAGAGGUGGCGCACAAGGUGUCAACCAAAAGCAGUUUGCAAGGAUUAGCUGCCCGAGCACCCUUCUUGAAAAAGAUGCCAGAUAAAACUGUUAAAUGUUUGAUGUGCAAAAUUUUGUUGUCAGAAAAAGGACUAUUUGAGCAUCUGUUACAUGGUUUGAACUGUCUGUACUGUCCGGGAAUGUUCUACUCCAUAAAGCAACUUAUAGAACAUACCAAUGCAGAGCACAGUCCUUCACAGAAGGCCAACUGUGACUUCAUGAGGCGAGAAUAUCGACUGUAUACUGAUGACCACGGCAACCUUUUGUUUCCUUAUUUUGACAUAAAUACAACGGCUCCUAAAGAGCUACUAGGAGACAAAGAGCUAAAUUUGGCCCUUGUCACAGGGUCCCUGGACCUGAUCUUUUUGAAAAUGUUUCCAGCAUCUAUCCAGCCAGUGUGCAGGACACCUGUUAAGACUACAUGCACAGACUGUCCCUUUUGCCCCGAAAAACUCCAGAGCACAGAGAACUAUCAUCUUCAUCUGAAGGUGAAGCACUACAUUAUGCCCACAAUCCACGCAAUUUUAAAAACUCCUGCUUUCAAGUGUAUAUACUGCAGCGGUGUGUACAGUGGGAAGACCACACCUAAGGCCAUCUCCAUGCAUGUGCAGCGCUGCAGGUGUGCGCCCAAGACCGCCAAAGAUGUGGAGAGACUGAUAAAUCCCGAUCUCAGGAAUCGGACAGCUGUGACUGGAAACAAGGGUGACCAAGGCGCUGCCUUGUAUCCCAAAGAAUCUGCCUCCAAGUCUUCUGCCACAGAUGCAGAAUUGCAGAGUAAGCUGAGGUUGGAGGUGGCCGUGAGGGAGGCGGUGGAGGCAAACAAGCGAGAGAGGGAGGCCAGAGCAGCCAAGCGGCGACGAGUGGAAUCGCCAAAGAACGCUGCGCAGCCUGUGGUCCAGAAUGAGGAACAGCAGGAGGACUCUGAAGUGGCACUUAUCCUGGAUCCCACAGGAAUGGAGAUGCGCUCUUUUGAAGAGCGGAAGGAGUUCCUUACCAAGUUUUUCAAUCGACAGCCUUAUGUGACCAAGAAAGAAGCCGAAAUUCUGGCUGCCCGCUUGUGGCUUAAUAAGAGCGACGUAAACCACCAGUUUGGUAUGAAGCGUACAAAAUGCAUGAAGGCAAUCCAGAAAAAGAGGACUGUGGUGCUGCUAGGGUUUAACAUGGCCGAGCUGAAGAAAGUGAAGCAUAACCUUUUAAUUCCAGAAAUACAUCCUGAAGAAAUGACUGCUUAAAUAGCUGCUUGAUAUAAAUAUUUAAAGAGAUUUGUGGACUGUGUACAGUAUAUAGAAAUCCCCCCCCAACCACUUCUUUAUGUACAGCAAGCCCAUUUACCCAAAGUAUAUAAAUAUUCAUCACAAAAAAUUACUAGGACCAUUCUUGGCUUGUGAGGGAUUGCAGUUUUAGGCUGAUUUUUCUAAAGAUGACAAUGUUUCCUAACAGAUGUGAAGUACAUUAUCUUAACUUCUCAGUACUGUGGGGAAAAAUUUGAACUGUGGUUUAUGUAAUUUCUGUGUAUACGUUUUAUAGAUGGAAGUCUCAUCUGUUCAUUCUGAUUCAAAGCUAUUUCAGCAAUAAUUAGGCAGUAGUUGCUUAUUAGAGUAAUACUUUAGUGUGUUCAUGAAAAAGCAAGUUGUUUUUUUUUUACUUUUAAUUUUAUCGG